AUUCAACUAAAUGUUGUAUUGUUCAACGCUCAUUGACUAUCUGAUGACUUAAAAACCCAAAAACUAUUGUUGUGUCAUUAUAAUAAGACUUCAUCCCAUUUCCUCAAUUACACUUUGUUGCUCCAUUCCCCUCAUACUUACAGCAAUUUUACAUCAAAUGGCAUCUGGUGCUUCCUUACCAGCUCAACAGGAUGUUCUUAUUGAAGAGAUAGAUCAUGUAAGGGUAGUCACUUUGAACAGACCAAAGCAAUUGAAUGCUAUCUCACCUAACCUGGUUUUUCUGCUGGCAAAAUAUUUGGAAAAAUGGGAGAAAGAUGAGAAAGCCGAGCUAAUCAUCAUUAAGGGAGCUGGAAGGGCUUUCUGUGCUGGAGGGGACUUGAGAGUAUUCUAUGGUGGCAGGAUAACAAAUGGGGAUUCAAAUCUUGAAGUUGUCUACAGAUUUUACUGGCUUUGCCAUCACAUUAGCACCUAUAAGAAAACUCAGGUUGCUCUUGUUAAUGGAAUUUCAAUGGGUGGAGGUGCAGCAUUGAUGAUCCCAUUGAAGUUCUCAGUUGUAACAGAAAAAACAGUAUUUGCCACUCCUGAAGCAAGUUUUGGGUUUCAUACUGAUUGUGGUUUCUCAUACUACCAUUCUCGUUUGGCAGGGUAUUUAGGUGAAUAUUUGGCACUUACGGGAGCACGGUUAAAUGGAAAGGAAUUAGUUGCAGCUGGACUCGCAACACAUUUCGUCUCUUCUGAGAAAAUAGGUGAGCUAGAGAAGCGAUUGAUUAGCUUAAAUUCUGGUGAUGAGAAUACCGUGAGAUCAGUAAUCGAAGAAUUUUCUUCUGAAGUUAAACUUAAUGAAGAGAGUAUCUUAAACAAGAAAUUAAUAAUUGAUGAGUGCUUUUCAAAGGAUUCUGUUGAAGAAAUUAUUAAAUCACUGGAAGCUGAAUCAAGCAAGGAAGAAAAUGGAUGGAUAGAUCCAGUUUUGAAAGAAAUGAAAAGAACAUCUCCUACUGCAUUGAAAAUAGCAUUAAGAUCGGUUCGUGAAGGAAGGAAUCAAUCGCUGUCUGAAAGUCUCAAAAAGGAAUUCAGAUUAACAAUGAAUAUACUCCGAGCUACGAUAUCUGAGGAUAUGUAUGAGGGUAUUAGAGCUCUCACCAUUGACAAGGACAAUGCUCCAAAGUGGGAUCCUCCAUCACUUGACAAAGUCGAUGAUGAGAAAUUGGACUUAAUCUUUAAGCAAUUUGACAAGGAAUUAGAGCUUCAGAUUCCAGAAAGUGAAAAAAGCAGGUGGGAUGGUAAAUAUGAGAAUUCAGCUUAUGCUAUUCCAGACAGAAACACACCAAUAUCAACUUAAAUGUUGGUGUCCAUUUAUAUAGGAUCUUCCUGAAUAAUUUAUGAUUUACAGAGGUUUGAAAUAGUACUAGAAAAAACAUUCCAUGGUUAUUAUUACUAUUUGCUGAAAAGAAAUUAUGUAACUUCAGAUAUAUUAGAAGUACUAUGGCGAAGAAAUAAAAUGUUUUCUCGAGUUUUCAAGGGGAGACAA